AACCACUGACGCCCCACCGACGGAAGCGGAACUAAUGCUAACAAAUGCUACACGGAUGAAUUUAUGUAAAGGACAAGAUGGAGGCAAAGUGUGUGAAGAUGUAGCCAGCAGCAAGAUUUUUUAAAACUUCAGGAUGGCACGGUCAAAAAAUGAAAGUUUCCCCGGUGACAUGAAAAUAGCAGCACCCGAAGAAGAAGUAGUGGCGUCGAAGGACGAAAUGUCCCCGUGUGUCCCAGGACAAACCAAAACCUCCACCGCAAGAGUUUUAACCCAGGAGGAGGUGGACAGACUCGGCGGGGAACGGGCUCUGGUGUCCGGGUUCAAGCAGAUGAAGCUGGAGAAAGAAGCUCAGAAAAACUGGGACCUGUUUUACAAAAGAAACACGACGAAUUUCUUCAAGGACAGACACUGGACCACCAGAGAAUUUGAAGAGCUCAAAGCGUGCAGAGAGUUUGACUCACAGAAGUUGGUGCUGCUGGAGGCCGGCUGCGGUGUGGGAAACUGCAUCUUCCCUCUGCUCGAGGACGACCUCAACAUCUUCGUCUACGCCUGUGACUUCUCACCACGAGCUGUUGAAUUUGUCAAACAAAACCCUCUGUACUGCCCCGAGCGCUGCUGUGCCUUCCAGUGUGAUUUAACUAAAGAUGAUCUGAGAGCAAAUGUGCCUGAGGGCAGCGUGGACGUCGCCACUCUCAUCUUUGUUCUGUCCGCCAUCCAUCCGGAUAAGAUGAAUCUGGCUUUGCAGAACAUCAGCAGGGUGCUGAAGCCUGGAGGCAUUGUCCUUUUUAGGGAUUAUGGCCUGUACGACCAUGCCAUGCUCCGAUUCAAAGCUGGGAGCAAGCUGGGGGAGAACUUUUAUGUACGCCAAGACGGAACAAGGUCUUAUUUCUUCUCCAAAGAGUUCCUGGCUGAGCUCUUUGAUGAGACGGGUUUCCAGUCUGUUGCAAACGACUACGUCCUUAGAGAGACCGUUAACAAGAAGGAGGGACUCUGUGUUCCCAGGGUGUUCCUGCAGAGUAAAUUCACCAAGCCUGGCCAAUCAGAAAGCUCCUGACGUCACAUGGCCUUUUUCUGUCAUCUCAUCUCUUUCUUUGAGGAACUGGGAGCAUAAUUAAGGUAGAUUAAUAAUAACUCCUCCAACUAAUUGGUGAGUAAGGCUCACUGACACACUGGAGCUGGUCCUUUGCCGUCAGAUGAAGACAGUGCUUGCACUGGGAAACUUACAGAUGGAAAUAUGUAUGAACAUGUAGGACAAAAAUGCCAAUAAUGAAGUUUGAACUGACAUUUCAUUGCCUUUGUUGAACUUUGUUCAUCUGGCAGCGUCACCAUGAGAAGUUUCUGGGCCUCAGUGUGAUAAUAUUUCACAGAUACGGUAGAAACACCAUGACUCAUUAAGAGACAGUUAUAUUCAGCAUAAAGAACAACGAAACAAUCCUCAGAUGUCUCAUCUUCUCUGGAUUGACAUUCCAUAAGUUGUCCAGCGGAGUGUGCUGUUGGUGAGUUACCAUGUGAUUCAGUAUCCACCAAAUCCCACAGGAGCAUUCAAGCCAAUUCAGAGAAUCACUGCAGUGGAGGUUAUACAGAAACUUUCUGUACAGAGUGUGGAAAAACAAAACAAGAAGCUCGUGGUGGAGCUCUGUUAAAGCACCAGAGACUAAAACCCAAAAAGGAAACAGCACAGUGAUUACACAGAGAAAAAUGAGAAUAUUAGAAAGACGUUACAGUGCCACUGAAAGUUUUACCUUUUUACCUUUGCAGCCUUUUCAGCAGCUGUAAUUUGUAACUGAAUUGGAAUUCAAUCAUUUACAUGUGUGGAUCGAGCAGCUUAAGGUUCUUGUGUUUUUGUGAUUGUCAGUGAAUAAUUGUGGAAACUUUAAGGCCCUUUAUACAUGGAUGACAAUAAAAUUUAUUAAAGGAAGAAUUAAGGAUUUUUUUUUAACCUUUUCUUCACAACACUGCAAACAUUCACCGUUAACAUGCCACUGUCAAAUAGAUUUUUAUAUCCGAGUCUACAUGUUACCAGUAAAUGCUUUGCUCUAAAUACAGCUUCCUGUUCAGUAGGUGUCAUCCUCUCAAACCUUCCUCGGCAAAACUUUCAGCAGAAAACCACAAACAGAAAAAAGGUGUGAAAAGAUAAAACAAGCACUGCUGUUUGAGGCAAAAAUUCAAUAUUUUCCUGUUGGGUUUCCUCUUUGUAUCAGAAACCACAGAGGGUACAUGCAAUACAAUUGCCAACAGAGCGACACUGCCAUCUCUAGUUUAAUGACUAAUCACAAAUUUUACAUUGAUCCCAGCUGCAGAACUGCCAAUUGUCUUUGUGUGUAAUGAUGCCAACAGUACUUGGCAUCAUUACACACGGUUCAAAACCCCGAGCAGAGGCUCACAAGUCUACAUGAAGUGUGGUGUUCCCCUUUAAUCUGACUGCACGUCACUUUAAGCCUGACUUCGAAACGACACACAAUUCAUUGCUUCCUGUCCCACGGUUUGGCUGGUGCAGACCCCCACGCUGAGAUGGAAUCACACCUUCACGCUGUUCUUCAUGACCUGCCCAUUUUCUAAAUCAUCACAGAGGCUAAUUCUUAUGCUGUUAUUCUAGCAGAUGUGGCUUUGUCCUGCCCACUUGUGGUUGUGUAG